GGAAGUGUCGGUCAGUACUCAGUUGUGCAGUGGCUGUGGUAGGUAGCGGAAGGGUGGCUGCGUACGCCGCCACGUCACUCACCUCGUGGCUUCGUCGCUCACCUUCACUCAUAGUGGCAGCAGUUUAGCGAUACGGCCAUGAAGUCUCCGCGCUGCUGCACCAUCUGCAAGAACCACGGCCAGAAGGCCUCCAUUACCAGCCACGUGUGCCCCUUCACCGACUGCAGAUGCUCUCUGUGUCAGCUGACCCGCCUGUCCCGGAGGGUCAUGUGCCAACAGCAGCGCCUCUGGAGACACAAGAAGCUCGACAACAAAGGUUCCUCCACGCCCGAGGACGCCGGGGACGCGGCGGAAUACUCGCCAGGCGGGAGCCAGGGCGAGGCAGGCUCCGAUGUUAAGGCGUCGAGGCAAAAACGAGCCAAGCGGGACGUGGUUUGUGACAAAUGCCGGAACCAUGACCAGUGGAGGCAGAAGCGAGGCCACAAAGGACAAUGCCCCUUCGAAAAAUGUGACUGUUCUUACUGCGCCUUCACCGGCCGGCGGCAGCGACUCAUGAAGCACCAGCAGCGUGUCCGAAGGGCCAUGAUGACCCCAGGACAACAUGACCCUUCGGAGGUGGAGCAGCUAUCCAAGGAAGUGAUUGACCUUUCUCUCAACCCUCCCACAAUCAAAGCAUCAACUGCCUCUGAUCUGUCUUCCUCUAUUCAUACAUCCUCUCCCACCACACAUUUAUCACCAUCCUCUUCCUGUUCCUCUGCCUCACUCUCUUCUAUUGCACCUUGUUAUUCUUCUGUUUCCUCUACUAUAACCUCCUCUUCUUUUCCCCCUUCAUUCACCUCUUUUCCUUGUCCAACUUUCCAAUCCGGGUCAUUUACACCUCAUUACGUGGGCAUGACGGAAGGAGAGGCUUCAUCACACUAUUUGUCAAUGGCACUUAAACCUUCAUUGUCGGACAUGAGGGAAAAAAGGAUGGCUGGCGAAGGAGCUGCGCAUACUCAACUCCUCUCUCUGCCUCGUCCUGUCACCUGCACUUCCUCACUACUGCCUCCACCGGGUACCACCAGUCCUCCACUCCCCCUCUACAGCUCUGAUCAGGGUAACCAAAGUGCCUCAAAUCCCCAUGACCCAAAGGAAAUAGCUGAGCCACAUAGGGCGCCCCAAGCCCCUGCUGAUUUUCCCUCGAGAGCGCAUCUUCUGAUGACACAGGAGCAGGAGGCACUGCAUGUGCGGAAGGAGAGAGAAAUGUUGCCGAUGAAGAGUCUAACACUCACAUCUACCAACCACAGAGUCCUGAAACCACACCCUAUUGGUAGCUCCUGGUUCCAACAUCAUGCUCUCUACCCUGAAUGGGGCACUUUCUAUCAAACUUGCCAUCCUUCUCCACCCCCUCCUCCUCCUCCUCCGCUACCUUACCCUUUCCAUACGUUCCCACCCAACAGGGAUGCAGGAACUCAACCACACGUUUCACCUUGGUACCCUGGCCCAUGGUGCCUUCAGUGCCACUUGCAAAACACCCACAUGCACACCAGACCAUAUAGCUAUGUGCCACAUCCUGAUCUGCCCAGGUUACCUACAGUCACAAGCUCCUCUGUGACAUUUCCUUUUGCAACCGCUAAAGAAACAAGUACAUUUUCUGGCUCCCAUUUUGCCCAUACUACUGAUACACUGUCACCACACAAAUAACACAAGGAACAGGAAGGGUGGUAGUUAUGUGGCAUCAACAAUAAACAUUGACUUUUAUGUAAGCCUCUCUGCACCAAUAAUUUUUCUUGAGGGGCUAUGAUGGGGAGCCCUUGCUUGCAAGUGAUGCUGGCAAAUUUUAUCAGUAAUGGCUACAGUGAUAUAUGACUUGUGAGAUAUACGACUUACAUAGUAGAUGGGCUAUACACUGCCCCUAGUGCAACUCUUGACCAAAGUCACUGAAGAUAAGGUUGAUCGCUGUACAUCAGGACGGGAAGUCUUCAGCCACUCAGUGAUAGUUGAAAAUUAAAAAACAGCUGUGGCAGGACUCAAAUCUAUAUCUCUGGAAUCACCACAUCAGAGUGCUGACCACCCUGCCUCCACUUGUUGUCCUCUCUCUUAAGGUUUAGUAUAUGCCAACUUGACUAUAGAAGAUUAGCGACUGGGAAACUCAUGAAAGAAAUGAUA